GCGCGUUUUUUUUAUAGAAAAUACUUUUAUAGAAUGCACUUCAUAAAAUGGAUGAUAAUUUCUGUAUAAGGAUAUAUAGGUCGUUUUUAUUUAGACGCGACUCGAGUUCUGUGUUUACAUCGUGUACGUGUCUCAUGGGCUUCCAAACUUACCAACAGCACAUUGCCUGAUUGGCACCGACAUCCGUCUGCAAUUUCGUUUCAGUAUUUACUAGUUGGUUUGAAGAAUAGCUGAUGCCAGAGGUUGAAGUCUCUCUUGGUUAACAGCUAUGGAAGAAAGAUUGGAUUCUGUACUGGUAGUACCGUUACGCGUUAUUUACAGCAUUGAUCGUGCAUCCUCCAUCCGUUGCUUAGCAAAAUCGAAACAUGCUGUGCCCGUCCAAGUUUUAAUUGCAUUUGAUAAGGAAAAAAUUGUUUGCCAGGUGGAUGCCCGACAUGCUGUCGAGGCUAUUCUGAAUUGCAGCCCAGAACUCAAUUGCAAAUCGGAUCAAGAAUUUAGUGUUUAUGCCUUGGAUCAUUUGGAAGCUGAUGAACUUUUUGUUGGAUUAGGAUUCCUUUCAUCCCUUUCAUCACAAUCUAUUCCAUUUCCUCCCAAAAAUCUCUCACCUGAGACUGUCUGGUUGAACGGGAAAGUUGUAGAGACUGGACUGCAACGUUCCCUGGAAAUUCACUUGCGUUUACAGGCUGUUUCUCCCGCAAGUGUUACAAAAGUCCACAAUGAAAGUCUCCCUCCUUCUCUCAUCCUUGACAAUUCUUCUUCUGACCAAUCUGAUUCAGCAAGCUUCUUUGACUCUGCUUAUUCUUCUGCAAACCUGGCUACACUUCCAAACCACGAAACUGAUUUUUAUCCUAGCCCAGUGCCUCUUUCAUCUCGAUUUACGGAUCCCCCUUCAGAGAGUUUAGAUUUUGACUCUAUUUAUCAACAAAAUAAUCCUCAAAAUGACUACUCGACUGCUCCAUUUUCAGAACCCUACGGCAUGGAGCCACCGUCAUCAAAUAUCCAUCCUGCGACAGACCCCGUAUGUCCGUCCACUUCAAUUACAGAAUCCAUAUCCAACGCCGUAUCCAAGAAGAAACGUAAACGCGACCCUAAUCCUCGAAAUGCGUUCAACCCCACUGAUCCGAGCGUUUUGCCUGAACGAGAACAUGUUCAGGAUUUUAUAAAAGAACAAGUUAGAAUAGCACGUGCACGUAUAGAAAAGCGUUUACCAGCUAUCCGAGGAAAAGAUCGUAUUGAGGAACAGCUUACAAAUAGUCUUCGUGAAGGAAAAAUUCCUCCUUACUGUCAAAAUUGUGGUGCUAUAAAAACUGCGAAUUGGCGAAACGCUAAUUUCAUGAACAGUACCAUUAUGCUCUGUAAUGCUUGCGGAAUUUAUUGGACCACAAGGCACUCGAUGCGACCAAAAACACUCUGGAGUACGUACAAAAGCUUAGAAGUGGAGAAACCUUCUGAAUUGGAUUCUUUUGCUCAACUAGAGAUUGCCGUCUACAAACUUUCUCAACAAAGAAAACCCUUGAUUUCAGUUUUUCGUCAGCUAGAAACAGCUGGCCGUCAUUCUCCACUUCCGGAAGUACCAUCCAAAUCCUCGGGUCCUACGUGUGAUUCAAAGAACGCUUCUAACAAUAUUCGACUGCAAGGAUCUCAAGGCGCGGAUUUGGCUAAUGAAGGAUUACGACAGAUUCAAUCUUCUCCGGUUGUGAAAACGAAGAACAAAAACUUUCAUGAAUCGUUAAGAGAGCCAUUAUCUGAAAUAGGCACAAACAGCAGUUGGCUUGUGUUACCUUCAUCGACGAAUGAAAAUAUUCGACGGCUAGAGCCUGAGAAGAUUACGAGCAAUAAUCCAAAUAAGGAGAAUGAAAAUCAUUUACCAAAGCAAUGCGUGAAGCAGAUAAUCAGAAAGCCAGACGAAGAUGCUGAGCCUACGCUUCCCGUUUGCGACUUAGAUAAAGAUGUUGAUGAUCAACUAGAAAGUUUAUUUAAGACGCCUCCGAAGCCGAAAAGAAACAAACAAAGUCCAUCACCUUGGCGUUCAGAAUUGUUUGUUUCAGAUCUAGGUCAAACUAACUUGACCCCAGAAUUUAAACUUAAAUUUGACCUAACCAAGGCACUAAGUGCAGCUGUGAGAUCCGACAAUAAAGAAAAUUCGCCCCAUCUACCUGAAAAUUCGGAAAGUGUUGAGCUGUUUCCAGAGUUCAUGCAGUCGCCUUUAGUUGAUGCUGAUGAAAGGAGAACAGUUUCAUUAGCGGCGGAUUUGGCGAUGCCGAGUAGUCCUCCAAUGGCUCCAAUUGACAGGUUUAUCACUUAGCGUUGCAAUAAGUCUGCAGCUGAUAUCUUACUCAAACGGGACUUUAUUUUUCCUAACUUCAUUUAUUUUUGGAUCUCUGCACAAUUCGCUCGUUCUAUUUAACCUAUAGCUUAAUGUUUUUAUGAUCUAACUUUCUUCAACUUCAACUUGUUGCGGAUGCGGUUAUUACCCUUUUGUACUUAACCUUGUAAAUCGAAUGUUCGCACUGGCUAAUUCAAUUCUAUUUAUCGCAAGGUCUGGCUAAUGAACUUAAUAUUUUUUGACUAAUUUGAAUAUCACUACUGGAUUAAAGAGAGUCCUUCUGAAUUCUCUAUUUAUACUCUUCUCUUUUUAUUAGUUUAAGUGACGUUUUUCUUGUAUACAGCAAGGCUGUUUAAAUCCUCUGAAAUGUUUCUACCUGAAUAUGCCAUACCGUUUAUUACUUUGGGUUAAGCAUAACUGUCUCAUUUCGGUAUUGGACCGUCCGGCUGGAUACAAGCAAAGCUUUAUGUCUCACUUUUUCGUGUCUGUUUGUAUGGAAUAUAUCCUUCGUAAGAAAAUAUAUUCACUUUGCUACGACCUAAAUUAAUUACUUUGCUAAUAAAUAAUAAUUUAUUCCUUGGACUGACUCUGCGGAUUAUUCCAACAUUGAGAACACUUGUAACUAAUCACGACUUAAGUAAGUUGAAACUCGGGUACUUGAAUUAAAAGAUGGAGCAAGAUGCAAGAAGACAAAGGCCUGACUUGUUAAUUGAACUCCUUUGAAACUCACUUUUUAUGGCAAUACUCGCUGCCUUAAUCCAAGCGGAGAAGAAUGGAAAAAGUAUCACUACUCAGACAGUAGUUUUUUAAUCCCGUCUUCGAUUCGUGUUUGCUCUUCUCAAAUCCCAUUAACUUAUUACAGUAACGACUAGAACGAUGAAUAUUUUUAACCAGAAUUCACUUCUUUCAAGUGUUUACUAAGGUUAUGUAAGAAGAAUAUCGUAAACGGGGUACCGUACUAGACCGUAAAAUACUUAACCGGUAAUUGUAUUUUAUUUGAGCGGUACAUCGUAGAGCGCUAUAGAUGACGUAAAG